CUAUUUAUGUAGUGGGAAGGAAGGAGAGGAUUGGAAUAGAAUAAGCAUUUUUGUUCAGUCAUCCUUUGCCCACUCCUCCUUACUUCUGUAAAACGAUCCAGACGCACUCAGAGAGAACAAGAACCAGAGAAAUCUGACUCUACAUCAUCGAAAAGACCAAGCUAACAAAAUGUCAAGCGCAAAUGCAGAGGAUGCCCAGAAGCAGGAACAUGUAGAGGAUACAGGCAAAGACCAAGUUAACGAAGACUCACCUGAAAAUGACCCAAUGCAUGAAGACGGAAAAGAAGAACAUCCUAUGCCAUCACCUCAGCAAGAGGAAGAAGUACUCAAGAAGAAAUAUGGAGGAAUUUUACCCAAGAAAACUCCUUUGAUAUCCAAGGACCAUGAGCGUGCAUUCUUUGAUUCUGCUGACUGGGCUCUUGGAAAGCAAGGAAAAGCAAAGCCUAAAGGACCACUCGAAGCACUUCGACCAAAAUUACAGCCCACACCACACCAGCAAGCGCGAUCCAGACGAUCAGCUUAUGCUCCAGCAGGCGAGGGUGAAGAUGGUGGCAGUAACCUGAAUGGCGAGGAGCAAAACAGUCAAUAAGCAACUCUUAAUUGUAUGUUCUUAAAUGGUGACCCUAUUCCGAUGUUUCCUAUUCCAAAAUGAGUCCAUUUCACCCCUUCCCUGAAUAAUGAAUACAAGUCUAUGUAGCUGUGCUAAAACGUUCAAUUGAUGUAUGCUUGCUCUUAUACACAGCCUGAACCUCUAAUUCAAUGCCGGGUUUGUUGGUGCAUUUUAUUCUGAUCUUUUGUUUCUUAUACUGUUCGUUCGCAAGGAUCAAAUAAAUUAAGAGCAAACAUCCCCAUUUUGGCAA